CAACACAAAUAAGAGAGGCAGAUAAUUGGAGUUUCUUUUCUUCUCUGUUUGGAAGGAAUGCAGUUGAAUCACAGAAGAAGAUGCAGCCAUGUGAAGCUUCACAAAGCUUAUUGAUUCUCUAUGAGUCGACCGAAAGGUGAGCCAGAAGCCGACAUGCUUGCAAGCAAAACACAACCCCGAGGAUGAGGUUAGUGGAGGACUAAAUCCUAAGGAAGAUAAGGUCGUGAUGGAAGAUUCGUGAUGUGUUAAGAUUGCUCUCUUUCGAGGGAAAUGACAAGCAUGAAAGUGAGAACUGGAGCAGCAACAUGGACUGCAAGAGGCAGUCGAAACAACUGGAAGCGAGCGCCGACAAGGAAGGCAAAAGAAGGGCAGUCAUGGGAAAUGAACUGCACCGCAACAGGAACAAUGUUUAGAUUCCCAAGAAUGAAACGUUGCGUCGGAAGUAUCCAGGCCGGCAAUUGAGCGGAUAAGAAGAACACAACGACCCGACAAGCUCGCUUGCCUCCAACUCCAGUUGCUGAGACGGAAAAGAUUAGGCCAUGAACUGGCAUACAUAGCAAGGCAAGAAGAGUUAAGGGGGAAAAAUGUGGCUUUUGGAACUCAGCAAAGGGAGCAGCCCCCCUGAACAUGCUUUCCUAGUGGCAGCAAACUUACAAGCUAAGGAAAGAGUUCAGAUUAUAGAAAGGAAAGAGCAGGCGAUUACCCUUCUAAGAAGAGAAAAUGGAGAGGUGCAGAAGAAAAGGAGGCUUCUUGGAGCAGAAGACCCACUCUCCACCGCUUCGGAGAUUCAAGAGCAGCCGAUGAACCCUCGCCCUCGCUCACCCCUGCCACCGUUGCCUCUUCCACUUCCUUUUUUGAAGCGAAAAGGAGCCGCUUUUGGGGCAUGGAAUCCCCGGCAGAAGAGCUGCUCAAGAAGAUCCAGGAGCUGGAGGCGGUGCAUGCCCGGUUGAAGCAUGAGAUGUCGAAGAUGAUGCAUGUGGACGGCGGCGGCGGGCGCGUGUCGGACCGCGGCGGCGGGCGCCUGUCGGACCGCGGCCGGUCCCGCUCCGUGUCCGUGUUGCCGGAGCGGACGACGGUACUGGUUCAGAGGCGGAACAGUGGAGGUCUCGAGGAGGCCAGUCCUGCCUGGGACAAGGGAUCGAGCUCCUCGGGGCACUCGUCGAGUCUACAGCGAGAGAUCCGGGGGACGAGCGGCUCCAGCGACGGUCCGGCUGGCAUGCUUCUCUCGGAAAGGCAGUACCUGAACAUUUUGCAGUCGAUGGGGCAGUCGGUUCAUAUAUUCGAUCUCGAGGGCAGGAUAAUUUAUUGGAAUCGAUCAGCAGAAAGUCUUUAUGGUUAUUCUUCGUCUGAAGCUCUUGGUCGGGAUGCAAUUGAGCUGCUUGUUGAUGUGUGUGAUUUCAACAUUGCUAGUAACAUGGUUCACCGUACAACCAUGGGGGAGAGCUGGACAGGGAAGUUUCCUGUGAAGAACAAGUCUGGAGAACGUUUUCUAGCUAUUGCCACCAACACUCCCUUUUAUGAUGAUGAUGAUAGUUUGGUUGGCAUAAUUUGUGUUUCUAGUGAUUCAAGGUCCUUUCAGGACGUGGGAUCCCCUCCAAUCUCUAUCAAGCCACGAGCGUCUGUCUGCAGCAAUGCAAGUCGACCAAGAAUAAAUUUAAUAAAUAAGCUUGGUUCGGAUCAGCAACCCUUCCAAGUUUCUAUUGCAUCCAAAAUCACAAACCUGGCUUCUAAAGUUACUUGCAAAGUUCGUUCUCGAAUAAGGGCAGGCGAAACCAAUUUGGAACGUGAAAUUGGAACCAGAUACGGUCAGUCUUCUGAUCAUGAUGCACUUUCCUCAGACCAUAAGGAGGAUGGUACUUCAAGUGGAGUUAGCACACCUAGAACAGAGGUCUCUGCUGUAGUGGAGGAGAAAUCUCCUGGCAAAAUAACCAAAGCAAAUAAUGAUGAAGAUGAAGGAAAAACAGGCAUUCACAAGAUCAUCAGUAAGACAGAAGCAUUAUUUGCCAAAAAGGGGAUAUCAUGGCCUUGGAAAGGGCAUGAGCAAGACGGUAAUGAUGCAAAGAAUCUCUUUGUCUGGCCAUGGUUGCAUGAUAAUCAAGAAAAUGAUUACAAUCUUCAAAAGCCAUCUGAAUCUGGUACAAGAACAGAAAAUCAAUUGACUGAAAUCAAUCUGACAGGCAAUAAAGAGGCUUCUGGAUCUUGUUCCUCUCAUAAUGCGAGCUUAAGUAGUGUUAGCAGCUGUGGGAGCACUGGCAGCAGUACUGUUCAGAAAGUGGAUAUGGAUACUGACUGCUUAGAUUAUGAGAUCUUAUGGGAAGACCUUAAAAUUGGAGAACAUAUUGGACAAGGUUCUUGUGGAACUGUAUAUCAUGCUCAGUGGUAUGGCUCGGAUGUGGCAGUUAAAUUAUUCUCAAUGCAGGAACUUUCUGAUGAAGUGAUGCUUUCCUUUAGACAAGAGGUGUCACUUAUGAAGAAGCUACGGCAUCCAAAUAUACUGCUUUUUAUGGGUGCGGUUACUUCUCCACAUCGUCUUUGUAUUGUGACAGAGUUUCUUCCACGUGGGAGUUUGUUCCGUUUACUGCAAAGAAAUACAACAAAGUUGGACUGGAGACGGCGCGUUCUCAUGGCUCUAGAUAUUGCAAGGGGGAUGAAUUAUCUUCAUCAUUGCAAUCCUCCUAUCAUCCACCGUGAUUUAAAGUCAUCAAAUUUGUUGGUCGAUAAGAAUUGGACCGUUAAGGUUGGUGAUUUUGGUCUUUCGCGUUUGAAGUAUGAGACUUUCUUGACCACCAAAACUGGGAGAGGAACGCCUCAAUGGAUGGCUCCAGAAGUCCUUCGAAAUGAACCUUCAGAUGAGAAGUCGGAUGUGUACAGCUAUGGAGUGAUCUUGUGGGAACUUGUCACUGAGGAAGUUCCCUGGUGUAAUCUCAACUCAAUGCAGGUUAUCGCAGCUGUUGGAUUCUUGAAUCAGAGGUUGGAUCUUCCGAAAGAUUUGGAUCCACAAUGGGCAUUCAUAAUCGAGAGUUGUUGGCGCAGCGAACCAAAACAUCGACCGAGUUUCCAUGAACUCAUUGAAAGCUUUAAAGAUUUGCAGAGGCAGUACAUCACCCAGUCUCAGAUUCAGCGGCCUGCACCACCCAGCGAUACCAUGCAAAGUGCUGCAAAAGUGAGAUCAAAGGACAGGAACAAGCCUGAAUGAACUGCUAGGCGACAUUUUCGAACCAGCUGCGAACAACGCAUCAAGCUUUAUCUCUCUAGAAGAACACUUUGUUCUGUCACGGGAUUAGCCAUUGGCCGCAGACUCCAAGUAGAGUGUAGCUAGCUGCAUGGUAUUCUGAUCAGUCACCGUAUGAUUUUGUGAUCUCGGAAAUUUUCACUUCAUGCCUACGAUCCGAGGUUCUUUUGUUUGAUAGAUAACAGGAUUAAGGUUUCACCUAUCGAUAGGACGAGGAAAAUCCAAGGUUUUGUGAGGCUAUAUAGAAACCUGUAAUAAUUUGCUGAGUUGUGUUUUGAGCUUGAAAGUUUGUAGGGAUUGGUUUCCUUGUUUGUGACUGUUUCUAUAACUCUACAAAGAACACUUUUUGUAUCUGCCUUCAUCUUUUCGCACCGACACAAAGAAAAUAAGAGAAAAAAGAGAUCAGUGAUGGUAUUUUGCA